AGUCAGGGCCAAGCGCCGCUUCCGCGCAGACGUGCCGUCGACGUGCAGGAGCGCCACCACCACGGCGACCCAUGUGGACGUGCUGCACCGCGAGUGAGCGUGCGAGUGCGUAGCAGUGCGUAGCAGUGCGUAGCAGUGCAGCGUCGCGACGACCCAGUGCGCGUGUGUGUGAGUGAGAGAGUGAGAGUGUGUGCGUGCGGCGACGGCGGCGUGCAGGAUGUGGUGGACCACCCUCGCCGUGCUCGCAGUCCUCGUGCUCGUGGCGCCGGUGCAAGACUGCGGGGCCGCGAGGGAUGCCUCCUGCCCGAGGAUCUGCCCCGUCCAGGGCGGCGGUGACCCCGUGUGCGGCUCGGACGGCGUCAUCUACACCAACCAGUGUGACAUGCGGAAGAAGACCUGCGGCAAGGGUGUGACGGUGAACAAGGACCCCGAGGCCUGCAUGCGGCACGCCGGCUCCACCUGCGACCACCGCUGCGGGAAGGAGCAGGACCCCGUGUGCGGCACGGACGGCAGGACCUACCUCAACCGGUGCAUGCUGCAGGUGGAGAUCUGCAGAGUGGGCAUCCAGCUGUCGCACCUGGGGCCGUGCAACAACAUCUCGGCCCACCGCGAGAACUGCCCCGUGAGCUGCGAGCAGGCGCCCAUGGACGGCCCCAUCUGCGGCUCGGACGGCAACGUCUACAAGAACACCUGCCAGAUGAAGCUGCUCACCUGUGGCCAGGGCGUGGUCCGCACCAACAAGAAGCACUGCCAGACGACCCGCCACUGCCGCGAGACGUGCUGGCGCGUCGCCAGACCCACCUGCGGUUCGGACGGCCAAAUCUACACCAACGCGUGUCGUAUGAAGAGCAAGAACUGCGGGAAGCACGUGUUCGAGGUGCCCAUGUCGUUCUGCAUGACGCAGGAGCGUACGUCCGGCGGCUCUGGCGCUGGCGGCGCGGCGUCCGCGGCCUCGGCGGCCUGCCCGACGUCCUGCGAGGGCGAGAAGGAGAGACUCACCUGCGGCUCCGACGCCAACGUGUACCGCUCCGAGUGCGAGCUCAAGAUGCUCAACUGCGGGAGCGCGCAGUCCAGGCGCAAGGUGGUCCGCGUGGACAUCGAGAAGUGCCGGUCGCGCAUCAACAAGUGCAACAAGGUCAAGUGCACGGCGGAGGGCUGGUCGGACCCCGUCUGCGGCACGGACGCGCGCACCUACCCCAGCAAGUGCCACCUGCAGAUCGCCACAUGCCUCAAGGGGAUUCAGAUGGCGCACGUGGGCGAGUGCGCGCCCCUGGCCCAGCACGAGACUUGCCCCUCGGACUGUCCGUCUGACGAGAAACCGGUCUGCGGUUCCGACGGCAACACGUACAGGUCCGAGUGCGAGCUGAAGCGAGAGACGUGCGGCCAGAAGGUGGUCUCCGUCCCGCAGCAGCACUGCCGCACCACGGCGCUGUGCAACCAGGAGUGCGGCCCCGAGAGGAACUUCGUGUGCGGCUCCGACAACAAGUUCUACCGGAACGAGUGCGAGCUCAAGCGGGACAACUGCGGACGGCACGUGUUCGUGGUGCCCAUGAAGCGCUGCCUGCUGGGCUUCCAGUUCCGGGGCUGCCAGCGCAUCUGCCCGUCCGUGUACGACCCCAUCUGCGGCUCGGACGGCAAGACGUACUCCAACGACUGCUUCCUGGAGCUGGAGAACUGCCGGUCGCGCGCCCUCGUCACCAAGAAGCACCACGGCGUGUGCGGCCAACCCAUCCCCGAGGCGCACAACUACCUGUACCGCUAGGGCGUCCUAGACGCGCCCUAGACUUCACCUAGACGCGUCCUGGAUGUGCUCUAGGGCCCCACACCCCCGAGACAUGUCUCAGACUUGUUCGACCAACAUACACAUGAGGAGUAGUCAGGAUGGUCCUCAGGAUGGUCCUUUGGAUGGUCCUCAGGAUGGUCCUUUGGAUGGUCCUCGGAAUGGUCCUCAAUAUUGUCCUCAGGAUUCGGGUGUCAGACAUCCUAGACUUUUCUGUGACAUACCUCGGGCAUCUCUUGGGUGUGUUCCUCGCGGCCCUAGCACGACUGCGACUCUACCCAAAUGCGCCCCAGGAACCUUUAACUGAUUUCAUAAGCGUCUGUCACAUGUCCUAGAUGUUUUUACAGACGUGUCCUUGACUGGUCAGUCCUGUUCUCGACGUUUUCUUCGACGCAGACGUGUUCCAGACUUUUAGACUUCCUAGACCUGGUUUGUUCAGACUUCUACGAGAGCUCAUCGAAAUGCGUGGUUCUCGCGAGGAGAAAAUAUGACAACUUUGAUUUGUCAAAGUGGUUGGAGGAGGAACCAAUAAUUCUGGUGGACACACGCUCCUUGCGAUGACAAAGGCGCCAAGCACUCCUCUGGGCGAGACUCAGGCCCGUCUUAGACUUUCGCGAAACGUGCGCUAGAUGUGUUCCUGAUGAGACGUCUGUUUCCAAACACGUGUCUGGACAGGACGUCGUGGGUAGUCCGCGGCGGGCUAGCCCCUCUCUAGUCCCCUCCGGCGUCGAUGAAGCGUAAAUUUUGAGGAUUUAAAAAAGAAACGUUAACAGUUAACAGUUACGUUGGUUUUACGAAUUGAUUUGAGCGGGCGGUUGGUGUCCAUGUGUGUGUGGUUGUAAGAAAAGUUUCCCUUAUUUACAAAGCAGAUCAAAUUCAAAUUCCGCGCGUGUGUUUUGUGAAAAAGGGCUCGGAGAGUUACAGCCGAGUACAGAUGUAAUUUAGUUUGUGUGUUGGUCACCGUAGAGUAAGACUUUGCUCACGAGACGUGGAUUUCCAAAAGCGUGGAAGAGGCUUCACUUGUCUCGACUUUUCUGCACUAUUUAUUCAAAUGACAUUCUGUGAUUUAAAAAAAAACGAACUAGUUUGUAUUAUUUAUUCUUUUGUUGUGUUUGAGAAGUGUAUGAUAUGACAGCAUCGUGUAUUGUGGCGAAGCACAAUACUGGUGUGUUUUUAUUCCUUUUCGCGCCUUGCCAUGUGCUUUUUCUUUUGUAUUGCAUACUUAAUUUAUUGAUCCUAUAAUUUUUGUAGAAAAUAAAUAGAUACAACCUAG